AAUGGUUAUCAAUGUUCUUUACAUAUGUUUCAUAGUGUUAGAGUAUGAAAUGGAGCAAGGAUUUCUCAAGACUCAAAGGGAUGCGUCAGCUGUGCUGUUUAUUCGUGAACUGCCUCGACUUAGUAAAAGAGACUGCAAGAAAAACUUCGCAAAGUUUCUUCUGGACGUCACAGCUGAUGGCUUGCUUGACACAGAAGCCCGGGAGCUCUUGGCCGACCUGAAGCAACGCAUCUGCAACACAGGUCUUCUCCAACCUCUCUGCAUGGAGCUCAGCAAAGGAGCUAUGGACCCGAGCCGCAAAGAACACAAGGAAUACCUGGGAAAACUGUGUGAGCAGGUAACAUCUCAAAUAAAGGAACUGAUCAGUAGGAACGCUCUGCAAACUUCAGGAGGUUGUAGCACAGUAGAUCCAAGAUGGUCUUGGUUGAAACAGGAGCUCUUCCAUCAUGCCAUGCUGAGCGAGGAGAAGUGUUCUGUGUUUAAAGGGAGGGACAGCAUUCUGGGAAAGAUCUGCAUCACCAUAUGGGAGUCCACUAAUGCUUGCCAUGAACCUCUUCUGGUUCAUGGACCUUCAGGGGUUGGUAAAACAGCUCUGCUUUGCAAACUGGCACAGGAAAUGCGAGGCGUUGUUGAUCAUCGGGGAGUUGUGGUGCUGAGGCUGCUGGGAACAUCUCCACUCAGUUCGGAUGUUAACUCUGUUCUCAGAGGUCUAUGUCUUCAAGUGUGUGGAGCUUCAGGGUUGAAGUUCCCCCACCCGCAUAUUGCCAACACGCAUGAAGAGCUAGUCCGGUUUUUCCAUUCCAUGCUGGAAGACGUGUCAAAACAAGGAGACACGCUCCUGCUCAUUCUAGACUCAGUGGACCAGCUGUUAGAGGCAGACAAGCCCCAUAAACUAGACUGGAUACCAAAAGCAAUCCCACCUAAUGUACAUAUUGUGCUCUCCACGUCUGAUGACUGUGUUGAGAAAUGUAAAUCUUUGGUUUCAGCAGAACAAAACAUCUUUAGAGUGGAACUUCUCACAGACGAUCAAGGGAAAGAUGUCAUUGAUGCCUACAUGAGCGCAGCUGGACGCAAGCUGACUUCAGAACAGCUUGACACCAUCUUACACAGCUUCCAGCAAAGCGGAAGCCCUUUGCAUCUGAAACUCAUACUAGACAUUGCCAAGCAGUGGUCUUCCUGGACCUCCAUGUCUAGUGUUAACCUGGGCAUCUCUGCACAAGAAGUGAUGACACAGUUUGUGCAAUCACUUGAGGAAAAUCAUGGGAAGAAGCUAGUUAGUCAUGCUUUGAGCUUCAUAUUGUUAUCAAGAUAUGGACUAUCAGAGGCAGAGUUACAGGAUGUCUUGUCAUUAGAUAAUGAUGUUCUGGCCGAGAUCUAUAAGUACUGGCUUCCUCCAAGCCACACACUCCUGCGAUUCCCACGCCUUCAUUGGUCACGUCUCCGGCAUGACCUGAGAGCUCAUCUGGUGGAGAGAUGGGAGGGGGGUGUUAUUCUACUGGGUUUUGCUCACAGGCAGUUCAAAGAGCUGGUAAGGAAGAGAUAUUUGUCACGCAAUGUGAAAGCUGACAUGCACGCCAUCCUCGCCGAGUAUUUCUCAGGACAGUGGAGUCAAGGGCAGCUCAGGCCUAUUCUUCUGCCCUCGCUAACCACACUGCUAAAUGCUGACAGAAAGGUACCACCCCAGCCCUUGUGGUUCACUGGAGAAAUUGCCAAUUUACGGAAGCUUCAUGAACUGCCCUAUCACCUCGCUCAUGCAGGCAAAUGGGAGGAGCUACACAAAUCAGUGCUUGGCAGUCUGGAUUGGUUGUGUUGUAAAACUCUGCAGUGUGGCGUGAGCUGUGUUAUUCAGGACCUGUCGCUUUGCACUGACCUCACCGACUGUCCUGAGAUACAAAUGCUGAAAGAGACAUUUCUGCUGCUUAAGCCCUCAUUAGAUUUUAGCGAUGGCAAUGUGGAUCCCUCACUUUUGGUCACGGAGAUCUUUGCCAGGCUGCAGGGCCUUGCUGAUCUCUACCCCUCUAUGAUUGGUCAGCUAUGUUCUCAGUGCGUGGACUGGUUUAGUUCCUGUACUGACCCAGUGCUUGUGCCCAAAUGCAGCUUCUUUCAGGCCCCUGGGGGCCCACUGAAGAGCACCCUCACGGGGUUCACUAAAGGGGUAAAGGCUGUCGUGCUAUGCUCAAAGAGGGAGCUGCUGGUAGCAGGUUCAGAGGAUGGGCUGAUCAUAGUCUGGAGUCUAAGCCAUCUACAGACUCUUCAUACUCUUUCUGGACACACAGCGGGGGUGCUGUCCCUGAAGAUGGUGGAUAAAACCAAUAACUGUCUGUCUACUGCACUCGAUGGCACACUGAGAAAAUGGUGUCUGUUAAGUGGACAACAGCUUUUCUGCAUCACUGAUGCAGUGUCUGUCCAAACACACACCCCUGCACAUGUCCAUUUGAUUGAAGAAAAGAAGAUUAUCAUAACCAAUCCAAGCAGCCUAGUUAAAGCUUGGCACUUGGACACUGCUGAGCCUCUGUAUGAGGUGACAGCAGGGGUUUGUUCUGUUCUUGGUGUAGUGGGAGAUGCCAUAGCAUGCAUAUGCAGUGAGGGGGUGCUCUGUUUUUAUGACACAUCCACUGGCAUGCAGAAUUCCCAGACCCCCCUACCCUGCUCUGCUGGACACCAUAAUAUCACCUGCUCUCUGACACUCACCAAAUACGCCAAGAUACUCAUUGCUUUUGGGGAAGGCCGUCUACAUUCGGUAUGGAGCCAUGGAAUUGAGUCUGUCGUUGAUCUUCCUACUCCAGCUUUGUUCCUCAGAACAUCUGAGGAUGAAAAACUGCUGUUUGCAGGAUGUGACAGAACAUUGUGCGUGUUCCUUGUGACACUGACUUCAAUGCAGAAGGUUCUGAAUCUUCACCAUGAUGCGUCUGUCCUAUGUGCCGUCUCAAGCAGUGAAGGUAGCGAAAUCAUCACAAGUGCCCAGGAUCGGAUUAUACGGGUGUGGAGUGUAACCACAGGAGCCCUGCUAGACUGGAUCGGUGUGAUGGAUUCUGCUGUGUCCACUUUGGCUGUACAUCAGCGCACUAUUAUAUCUGCCUCUGUUAUUGCCAACCAGCUUAAAGUAUGGCAGCUGGACUACAACACCAAACACAGGAGCAAGAGUUUCAUCCCAGCAUACUGCCCGCUAGUGGUCCUGUCGAAAGACGGUGAUACUGUAUUCUAUGUCAAAGAGGGAAAUAAAACAGAAGUUUUCACCUGGAGCUGUUCGGAAGGUCUACAGACAGACAGUAUGGACGUGUCCUCAGAAGUGUGCUGCAUGGAAUUAGCCCAGCAGAAACAUCUACUCUUUUGUGGACUGCGGACUGGUACCAUCCUUAUUUACCCACUGGACUUUGCCCUAGAAACCCUGUGCCUGCCACCUCCAGAAAGCCUACCGACGGUGCGCAGCAUGGCUAUCAGCCCACGGGAGGAUAGAAUGGCCGUGGCAUAUGAGGAUGCGGUCUGUCUGUUUGAGAUUACAGCGAGGGACAGUUUCCCCUGUGUGGACGGCCCAUUUGAGAGGUACUCCUUGUGCCUACUGCAUUCCCCAAUCUCCGCCAUGGCUCUGUUGUCCGACUGCAGGCUGCUCUAUGGGACCUUUGGUGGUGAAGUUGUAAUCUAUGACUUUAAGAGCGCCACAGCAGCUGAGCUGGAUCACCACGGUGCAGCCAUAACCUGCAUCACCAUGAGCAACUGGGACGCACAAGCUUUGAUUGGCUCUCAAGACUGUGUCCAGAAGUUGUGGAAUCUGAGUCCUGUCUUGUUGAAUCACACCAUGGAGUACAAGGGUUUCUAUUUUGAAGGUGUCCUUUGUGCUGUCUUCUCGAUAAAUGAUAAAUAUGUCUUCACUGGAUCCCUGGACAAAACCAUCAAAGUCUGGGAUGUCUCUAGUGGUUGUUUGCUAUACAUCCAGUACGUCUACUCUCCAGUCAUAAAGAUGAUGCCACACAAGGACGGGUUUGUAGCCAUGUCCCAGCAUGGAUCUUUCAUCAAGGAAGGCUUCCAGUGUCCAGACACUCUCAAACCUGGAUACAACCCCCUCCGUAACUUCCAAGCACAUUACCGAGUCACCUCUCGGGAGAAAAGCCUGAAUGCUCCACACACCAUGAUCAACGAGCUGCCAGAUUAUAACCCUGCUCAGUUUAAUUUCAUUGGCAUCGGUUUGAUGAAAACCAAAUCAUCCAACACAUGUGUUCUCCUGUAAGUACGUCCUAC